GAGUACGGGGCUGCCUACAUCCCAGGCACCAGGCGGGCGCCACAACGCCGCUACCCGGCACGCGCCGCCGGCCGCAUCACAGGCAAGCUGUUGCACAGCUGCAGCCUCGCGGUGAUUUCAUUUCUCACUGUUUCUCGGGGACCAUUUACCCACUAUGAAGCGUCCGUACUUACCACUGCUAUUGCUGGCGGCAACCACCACUGUUUUCGGCCCUGUUGUAUUGUGCGCAAGAAUGGACCAACUUCAGAUCCUGGAUGGGCUUCUUACGAGUGCCUAUGACCGUCGCGCCACGCCCACCAACCACCUAAACAACGCGACAACGGUGCACUGUGAGCUAUAUAUUCGCAGCUUUGGAUCCAUCAGUCCCGUUACUAUGGACUACGAAGUAGACCUGUACCUGCGGCAGAAGUGGCAAGACUCGCGACUGCGGCACUCCAACAUCACGGAGCCUCUCGAUCUUAAUGACCCUAACUUGGUGAAGGCGAUCUGGAAGCCAGAGGUGUACUUUCCAAAUGCCAAACAUGCAGAAUUCCAGUUCGUGACGGUACCCAACGUACUGGUACGCAUCCAUCCAGACGGCGAAAUCCUUUACAUGCUAAGACUGAAGUUAACGUUUUCCUGCAUGAUGGAUCUCUCAAAGUUUCCACUAGACAGCCAAGUGUGCACGAUGGAGGUUGCUAGCUUUUCCAAAACCAUAGAGGAGCUGAGCCUUGAAUGGAAAACCUUAAAUCCAGUAAUCAUGGGGAAAGGAUUACGUAUGCCACAGUUCGAGAUUGUCAAGAUUGCAGCGUCUGAUUGUCAGGAAUCCUUUCAAAUAGGCAACUACAGCUGCCUGGUGGCGGAGUUCCACCUGUCGCGGUCGGUGGGCUACCACCUGGUGCAGAGCUACCUGCCCACCAUGCUCAUCGUCGUCAUCUCGUGGGUCUCCUUCUGGAUGGACGUGGACUCCGUGCCGGGCCGCACCACGCUUGGCGUCACGACGCUGCUCGCGGUCUCCUCGCAGUCCUCGGGCAUCCAGAGCGGGCUGCCGCAGGUCAGCUACGUGAAGGCCAUCGACGUCUGGAUGGGCACCUGCACCGCGUUCGUGUUCUGCGCGCUGCUGGAGUUCACCAUCGUCAACUACAUGUGGCGCAAGUCGUCAGACCCGCUGCUGGCGGCCGUCGGGAUUUCUGCGGACGCCGUGACGACCAACGGCAAGGCGGCCGCUGCUGGGGCUGCGGCGACGGCGACCACGCCCCCCGAGGCAGCCGCCGGCGCUGGCGCCGACGCCGCUGUCGUGAGGACGGCCACGCAGGCCGCGGAAGACGACUACUUGGAGCUGGCAACGGUCGGCGGCAGACUGGGACAUUUCCACGAGACCUCGCCGCUGCGGGCUGGGGACGACCGCGAUGAGGUCUCCUAUGUCUUCAGCGAAGACACUGCCGGCCGAGCGCGAGUGUACUGCAAGGGUGGCUGCCCGCCGGCGAUUGCCGCCUUCCCGCGACACAAGCUGCGGGCCCGUCGCAUCGACGAACUGUCGCGGCUCUGCUUCCCACUGGCCUUCGCCUGCUUCAAUCUGCUGUACUGGGCCUACUACCUAGUGUGGUGAGCAUCAUGCUCUUCUGGGCCUACCAUCUCAUUCGGUGAGCCGCCUGCAGCACUGGCCUGUUACCUAGUCUGGCGAGCAACGUGCUCUGCUGGGCCGAUCACGUGGUCGGGUCAGCAGCCUGCCCCACUGAGAGUAUUACCUGACCUGGUAAGUGUGACGGCUGCAGGCUGCCGACAACCACGAGAGAAUACCGUGAGACAGUCCAGAGGGACACCAGGAUCUUCACCUGUUACUCUUUCAUCGUGUGAAGAGAACGAGAACAUGGAUCGUUUUGCAGUUAUUACUGUGUUACAUAAGAACUUUGUUUGCGUUGAACCUCAUUCAUGAGAAUGAACUAUAAAUCUCAAUAACAGCCGCAGAAUUUUGUUUUGCAAUGUGGAACUUGAUAUACCCCUUGUGUAGCGUCCAUAGAGUUGAUAAAAUAGUGACAUCUCCAUGACUUUUAAGAAUGUGACAAAGAGAAACUUGAAAUGUUGUUGUUGAUCCAUGUAACCCCGAUAAAUGAUAAGAAAUCACUUAUCUUCCUGUAGGAACUGGUAGGAGCUUGGCUUAGAUGCAGUCAUUUCAGAGUAAAUUUUUCAUUCCUGAGCAAAGCGUAAGUGGUCAUGAAACUUACUGACAUAACCAAACAAUAAGAUAUAUCGGAGAUCGAGCAAUAGCCCAUAUUUUUCUCGGGAAACAUUUGUAGAGAUUGAAAUGUACGAGAACCAUACUAGCGUAUGGGAUGUUUCACUUCUGUCAUGGAUUAUGCCUUGAUAGCUCAGUUUUUCAGACCGGUAUUCAAAGCUAACGAGCACUUUCCUAGUUCGGCAUGGUAUGCUUCAGAGGUCACAUGCCUCUGAGGUGCCUACUGCCUGUCACAUCAAAAGAGAAAUACCAUACGUCGAAACACUGUACCAAUGAAUCUAUGCGAUGAAACUUGACCAACUUUUGAAUAACUGUACCUGUAUAACGUAAAUCUUUAUCAAAGAAAUUUAAUAGAAUACCUAAUGUAGGUCAUUAUUAGUCAGUUCAUUUCUUCCACAUCAACGUUACCGCAGUGUUCAGUACAAAUGUUUGGACAUGGCGAAGAUUUUAUUUUAAUUUCAUGCAAUAAAAAACUGAACGAAUGUCUGUUAACACAUUCAAGACACUUAAAUAAAUGUAAAGUUUAUCUCUGUAGCUGUCAUGAUAUCCUAAUUUUCUACGCUUCCAAUUCAGAAAACGAAUGUUUACUAUUUCAGUGGCCAGCGCCUGACAUACAUUAAUAUUUCAUAGACUAUAACUUGUAGUAAGCAAAUGUUUCACCAAAACAGAAAUCAAUAUUUUUAUUGUGUACAUAUUUGUCCGCUAACAUACAUCUCGCUGACGCAAAGAAUAAUAGUCCCUGCUCUCACUUCUGGCUGAGUAUUUGUCAUCUGUCUUACCAUCGAUUCUAUUUUUGUGUGUACACUUUAAAGUCCCGAAAAAAUACUAUUUUUAACAGACUUAAGGAACGAAUAUAUUUUCAUUUCGUAAAUAUUUAGAGCACAAGUUACAGUGAAAUCACUACGAGACGUCUCCUUUGUCAAAUAAUGUAACUACUACCAUAUUUAAAGAAUUUUUUUUGUUUAACGUAAAUGAUUGGCUAUGGUUUCUAAACACAGACUACUUUACUUAACAGACUGUAUAUUUUGCUGAUAAAAUCUUCCCCAUUUUCCAUAGGAAUGUACCCACCUGCGUUUUGCCUUACUGAGACAAACAUCAGUAAUAUAGUGCGCUACGUUUGAGCGCCGAACCCGUCACGAUUUGAAUUUUACUUCGUUUGCAAAAUUUGUUUGACCCCAUCCAAUUUGUUUUUAAGGAGGUCGAAAAUGGAUCUUACAGUAGCAGUGUUAACACAAUUUUUGCCACUCAUUAAAUGACAGAAAUAAUAGUCAAGUAAACAUAAUUCAUCUAUCUACAUUGUAUCAUCUGGGUUCCAAGUACAGCCCUUUAAUAAGUCAGAAUAAAUAAGAAUUUAUAUAGCAGCCCUUCAUAGGAAAUAGUAAAUAUGACUUUUCUAAUAGAGGCAAAAUAUUUGUUUUUCCUUUCAACACAGUAACUCUCCUAUCACUAUGUGUAUAUAUAUAUUGUCCUCAUCCAUUGUCUACAAACCUUUUCUACAGAUGUAGCGUUUACCAUUUGUACUUUGGGAGAUAUCACUAUGUUUUAUUAAAA